AUAUAGCCAUGGCUUCCAUGAAUACUAAAGUGUGUAUUGUCGGUGCCGGGGUGGCUGGUCUUAAGACAGCACAUACGUUGCUUAACGACCCCAAGUCUAAAUUUAAAGCCGAAGAUGUGCUUAUACUCGAAGCCCAAGAUCGCAUCGGUGGAAGAGUGUUAACUGAUAAGACUUCUUCGAAAUUGGGCUACUCCUAUGAUAUUGGUGGUGCCUGGUUCCAUGACUGUUUAUCCAACACUGUGUUACAGGAGAGCAUUGAUAGUGGGUUAUUUGUCGUCCAGAAAGAUGGUUAUUUUGAUGAUAAAGAUAUUACUGUUUACGACAAAGACUUUAAUAACCAGCCAGUUCCAGUGACUGACCUCAAGCUCAACCGAGUUAAGGAAGAGCUUGAGAAGUUCAUCGAGGUAUAUUAUCACGAAGAUUUGUCCAGAAAGGAUAUGUCGUUGUUGGAGAUAACCGAUGUAUAUAUAAAGAGGUACGGUGACAGACUUACAUCUGAGCAGAAAAAAUAUUUGAAAAAGAUGAUUAGAUACUUUGAGUUGUGGGACGGCUUUAGUGCCGAUAAGAUCAGUGCCCGGUACUCUCUCAAUGAUCACGAAGGCAGAAACUUGUACAAUCUCAAAGGAUAUUCGUUCUUGUUGGAUGAGUUGUUGAGGAAAAUCCCUGCCUCUCAAAUCCGUACCAAUACUAAAGUCAACACAAUUGUGAGAAACAACAAGCACAACGAAACGAAAUUGAGGGUUGAAACCGACAAGGGUAUAGUAUAUUGUGACUACUUGGUUGUAACUGUUCCCUUGAGUAUCUUAAAGCUUCCGAGUUCCCACCCUUAUGGAAUUUCCUGGGAACCUAGUCUUCCAGCCUCCAUAACAGAGGCUCUUGAUGCUACUUGUUUUGCAGCGUUAGGCAAAGUGAUUUUCGAAUUUAAUGAUGUCUGGUGGGACAAGGACGUUGAGCAGAUAUUGCACUUACCCGAAGAAACCGGGUCUGUUGAACUUUCAGCUGUACUUAAUCAACCUCCUCAGAAAUUAAUCUAUCCGUAUUUGCUUGUAAACUAUGAAGCUUUACACAAAAAGGACAACAAGAAGACCGCUCAAGGUGGAAGUUUCGUACUUUUAACACAAGCCCCUUUGACCCAGUACUUGGAAGAAAACCCUGACAAAGCGUGGGAUUAUUUUAAGGCCUCAUUCAAAUCGUUUGUGCAACCAGGUCGAACCAUAUCUGAACCCAUUAAUGUGAUAACGACAAAAUGGACCACAAACCCAUAUAUCCGUGGCUCUUAUAGUGGAGUUGAAGUGAAUGGAAGUUACGAAGACAUGGUGGCCCAAUUGUCUGGAGAAAUCGAAGGACUUGGAUUGGGUUACUCAACAGUCAGAUUUGCUGGCGAGCACGCUACAGCAGUGGGCAGUGGGUGUAUUCACGGGGCGUACACUUCAGGAGAAAGAGAAGCUGCUUGGAUCCUAAACCACUACAACUCUUUGAAAUGGACUCUUUAAAUUAAGUUCCAGCAUGUUCUGGCAGUGUCUAGUUGCAGCCAUUUAGUAUAUCUAGAAAAAGUAUUUGUAUGCAAAAUAUCGCAAUAAAAUUUUUUUAAAGUCUUCUCGCUCCCAAAGAUAAAGCUUUAAACCUUACAAAAUGGCAUCUAAAUUUGACGCUGAAAAGGCAGAAAACUUGGGAGAUAUCGAAAUGCAGUUCGCUGUGAAGGCUGUAACCCAGGCUGAAACAUACUGGGGAUUAUUGGAAAAAAUUCCUGGUUCAAAGUUGAAGUUAACCAAAUUUGAUGAUGACAUCUUUGAGCAAUUACUCAUUGACUUUCCCGAAUUCAAAGACCCAAGCAAUGUGGUCGAGGUUCAAGAAGAAGAAAUGAAAAGCAAGGAAGGAAAGGAAAAAUGGAGAGCUUUCUGUGAAAAAUUCAAUGAAAUCGAAGACUACAAUUUCGGUACUUUAUUGAGAACUAAGUGUACUGAUGAAUACACCCAACAUGGUACUAUUUUCGUGGUAAGAAUCCAAUUCUAUGCCUUCGAAAUCGCCAGAAAUAGGUACGGUUUGAACGACUGGGUAUCUAAAAAAUAGGUCAGUUCAUAACGAGUAAGUAGAUAGUGGUUGCACAAUAUAUGUACAGUAAUUAGUAAGAAAACAAAACACCCUGAAAUGAAAGAACGUGGCGUCUACAUUAUACUACCGUAACCUUCCUCUCCAACAGCUAUACAAAGUGAUAGUUCUAGCUUUACUCCUGUGUGUGUGUGUGUGUGUGUGUGUGUGGGAUCAUUCU